AUGUUGGCCACUAGUACUGUUCCUUCAGAUAUAGCAUCCACAUCAACCCCCACUCCUGCAAUGUCAGCCACUAGUACUGUUCCUUCAGAUAUAGCAUCAACAUCAACCCCAGUCCUGCAAAUGUCAGCCACUAGUACCAUUCCUUCAGAUAUAACAUCAACAUCAAUCCCCAGUCCUGCAAUGUCAGCCACUAGUACUGUUCCUUCAGAUAUAGCAUCAACAUCAACCCCCACUCCUGCAAUGUCAGCCACUAGUACUGUUCCUUCAGAUAUAGCAUCCACAUCAACCCCCACUCAUGCAAUGUCAGCCACUACUACUGUUCCUUCAGAUAUAGCAUCAACAUCAACCCCCACUCCUGCAAUGUCAGCCACGUGUACUGUUCCUUCAGAUAUUGCAUCCACAUCAACCCCCACUCCUGCAAUGUCAGCCACUAGUACUGUUCCUUCAGAUAUAGCAUCAACAUCAACCCCCACUCCUGCAAUGUCAGCCACGAGUACUGUUCCUUCAGAUAUAGCAUCCACAUCAACCCGCACUCCUGCAAUGUCAGCCACUAGUACUGUUCCUUCAGAUAUAGCAUCAACAUCAACCCCCACUCCUGCAAUGUCAGCCACGAGUACUGUUCCUUCAGAUAUAGCAUCAACAUCAACCCCCACUCCUGCAAAUGUCAGCCACUAG